AUGUGGUGUGAAGGUGAUGUGGGAGCAGUAUUGUGUGUUACCUGUUUGUGUUUUACGUGCAAGCCACGCAGCGACCCGGGCCCGUACUGUAACCGCACGUGGGAUGGAUGGCUCUGUUGGGGAGACUCCGCCCCCGGCACCGCUGUCCAGCUCUGCCCCGCCUACUUCCAGGACUUUGAUCCAACCGAGAAAGUGACCAAAGUGUGUGACUCAGACGGUCAGUGGUUUCGUCACCCGGAGAGCAACCGUCUGUGGUCCAAUUACACGCAGUGCUCCGCGUACACUAAGCAGAAACUCAAGCUCACGUUAGUGAAUUAUUAUCUGGCGAUGGUGGGGCACGUCCUGUCCAUCAUCUCGCUGCUCAUCUCCAUCUGCAUCUUCUCAUACUUCAAGUGUUUGAGCUGCCAGCGAAUCACGCUUCAUAAAAACAUGUUCACCUCCUUCAUCCUGAACUCGUUCGCCACCAUCGGCUGGUUCUACUUCGUCAUCGGAGAUCAGACCAGAACAGACUCAUCUCAGAUCGGCUGUAAGCUGCUGGCUAGUAUCAUGCACUACACGUCCUGCUCUAAUUAUUUCUGGAUGCUGUGUGAGGGGAUCUAUCUGCACACGCUCAUCAUCGUGGCCGUGUUCGUGGGCGAGCAGCAGCUGGGCUGGUAUUACGUCCUCGGCUGGGGUUUCCCAGUGAUCCCUGCUGUGCUGCACGCUGUGGCCCGUCUGCUCUUCCACGACGACAGGUGUUGGAUCAUGAACAUAAAGCUGCUGUACAUCACACACGGCCCGAUACACGUCGCUCUGCUGGUGAACCUGUUCUUCCUGCUGAACAUCGUGCGGGUGUUGAUCACCAAACUGCGGGUCACUCACCGCACCGAGACCAAUGUCUACAUGAAGGUGGUUCGUGCCACCAUCAUCCUGGUUCCUCUGCUGGGCGCUCAGUUCAUCCUGGUGCCGCUGGAGCCCAGCGGACGCGUCUCGCUGGCCGUCUACGAGCUCUUCAUGAACAUCUUUGUGCAUUACCAGGGUCUCCUGGUGGCCGUUAUCUUCUGCUUCUGUAAUGGAGAGGUGCAGUCGGCACUGAGGCGUAAGUUUGCGCAGUAUCGCGGUCAGCGGAAGCGUCUGGUGACCACUGACUCUCACUGUAACUACCACACCAACUCGUCCUUCACCGAGACCAGCCGGGUCACCAUCAGCCUGGAGCACGGCCCGGCCAACACGAGCGACACCGCGCAUGCACUCAACAGCCAGAGCAACGGCAAACGCUGCUCCAGCGACGUCCUCGAGUCGACUGAAAUAUGAGCGUCUCUCUCAUCGUGCACACUAAUGCCACCAACUCUACUGUCUCUGAAUGUUCAAAACGUCCUGUUUUAAAAUGUUUUGGAAACUGGUUAUGAGAGCUUUAAGGGAACAUUCCAUUUUAUUGUUUCGCAAAUGUUACGGGAAUGUUACUUUUGAAUGUUACUUUUGAACAUUCUGAAACAACCCAGGUGAGAAGUAUAGGUUAUAAAAACGUUGUGUCAGUGUUGUUUUGAAAUGUUUCUGAAACAUUUAAAUGUCCAGUAUUUGUGAUUACAACAUUAUUUAAAAGUUGCAAAAACAUUUCUUGCAACAUUUUACUAACUUUAUUUUGACCCAAUAUAUAACAAUAUUCGAAUGUUUAUAUUUAAAAUUCUAAGAACGUUCAAAUGUCCACUUGAUAACGUCAUUUAAAGGUUACUAAAACGUUACUUACAGCAUUCUCACCCAAAAUAUAACAAAUGUUUAUUUUUAAUAUUCUAAGAACAUUAAAGUUCCGUAUUUGUUGUUGUGAUUAGAAUGUUAUUUAAACGUUACAAAAACUUGUCCUACAAUGUUCUACUAACUUUCUUUUGAAUUUAUUAACAUUAGAUAGAAUCUAAGACCAUAAAAAUGUCCAGUUUUCUUGUCAUGAUUAGAACAUUUUUUAAAGGUUACAAAAAUGUUUCUUAGAAUGUUCAUCAAGUACAAACAUCAUCAUAAGGACAUCGCGGGAAAGUCGCUCAACAUUAUGCGAACUUGUAUCACAUAUUAAUAAAGUUAACAGAACAUUCUGUAAACAUUACAUGAAAAACGUUGUGUCCUAAUAUUUAUGUAACUUUUAAAAAAUGUUGGUGAAAGUUCUGAGAACGUUCUGUUAUCUGGGUUGUACUUCUUUAAUGUAGCGUAUGUUUGUUAUGGAUUAAUACAUGUAUUAGUGUUUUAUUUGUACAUUUAAACACAUCAGUCUGACCUCUUGCAGACAUGCGUGUGCUAUCUGGGGGAGGUUUGCGCGUUCAGUUGUGCGCGAGACGGAGCGGAAAGCAGAAUAUACCGGGACUUUUUGUAUGUAUGAAGAUUUGAUGUUGUAAAUACGCUGUUGUAUAAGCACUUGUGUUUUACACCGAAUGUAUCUGCUUCACGAGCCCUUUGAGAGGAGA